CCCUCUUCAUUUGGAAUGGAAAGGGAGGAGGUUUAACAUAUGAAGUGUGUUCCGAGAAGUGCAUGAAAUUUUAGAUGGUAAUAACCAUUCGCAUAUUGUAUGUCUCCCCAUAACGCCAUGAAGAAUUGCGAUCCGGGUUCCCCCGCCGACCAUGUUGGCCACCAGGUGGUGUCGUCACUGCAGCAGGCAGCUCGCGGUCCAGCCAAUCAGAUCGAGGCCAGAAGACAGACGGAGAACGUCGAGUUGGCAGGUACGACGUUCGAGUGUUGUUGCAGCGGCUUCGACAACGAUGCCUUUGAUGUAGAAGAGGUCGAAAGUGUGUCCAUCGGUCAUCGUACGGCCGCCACCGUGUCGGAUACAAAGUGUAGCCCAGUCCAGUGCCACGUUUCAUCGUCGCCAGCUGGCAGUCCUACCCCGCUCGCGCCUGCAGUCGGCAAGCUCCGUGCCAGUGGAUGUUUCAGCAGAGGCAAGCCAGUGCGCUUGAAACGACGUCGUGUUACGGGUAGGUCGACAGAUGCCGUCGACAAGAGUGUAGUCGGUGCUGAUGGUGUGAUUGUCGAUCCCGUGCCCACAGCCUGCGAUCCAAGUUCGUCUACAGUGAGCGUCGAGCAGGAUGUCCGACGAAACGGCCGUUCCACUGUUGCUAGGUGUGGUGGUACCGAAGGUUUAGUGGAGAAUGUGUUAAGUGCGAGUCACGACUUGUACGGUGGGAUGGCCCGAGGCACCAUCACCUGCGAUAGCAUGGGAAGGACCAGGCACAGCGAGACCCCUAAUCCCGCUCCGUCGACAGAUAGGUGUAAUCGGGAGUGGUUGAACCCGAGCGGUCGUCAUGGUAACGAAAGGAGGACCCCUAACUCUGAUGGCUACACCAGCGUAGAUAGUGGCCCCUCCAAUACGGAUAUCUUGCCAGAUAUCCUCAAUUCGCACAUGCCUCCACCUUAUUCUACCCUACCGCCCCUGACAGACAGAGGUGGUAGGAGACUUCCGCCUCCUUCUCAUCCUCCUCCGCCUCCUCCGACGGUAGCCCCCAUGUGUGGGACGCCGGGCACGGUAUUACCCGCCUGCCCUCACUCUCCACCCAGGAGGUCCAUGAGGAGGGGUGGAUUCAGACCCUUUCCUCCCAGGGACCGAUUGCGUUCGUCCGGUCGGACGACGGCCUUCAGUAACCAUGCAGCCUCCGAAUCGGAGGAACCUAAACAUUGCUGUGGUGUCAUGGUGACGCAAACGGUGAGCAUAAGGUGGUUUAUCGUCAUGAUUGCCUUCGUUGGAUUAUGUUGUGCUAUAGUCGGUACUGUGUUGGGUGCUCUGAAGGCUACGGGAAGAGAACAUCUCACCGUGUCUCUGCUCAUGAUAGGGGUUGGUAUUGUUUUAAUUACUGUAAGUGGUAUUGCUUGGAGGUUAACUUCACAUGAUGCACCAUCUUGUCGAGCUAUGUUGGGAUUACAAACCAAUGAUCAAGAACCAAAUAGACGUUUUGUGCCUCGAGUGCCACCUUAUGGACGUCCUCCUCAUCCAUAUGCUGCCAUGAUGUACCCUGAAUUUCAAUAUCGUCCUCCUCCCCCGUCCUAUCAGGCAUCUAUGCAGGAGUAUCGUCUCCGUCUUCUCCUUCUUGAUCGACAACAGGGAACAACAACAACAUCACUAUCACCAGUGUCACCACCACCCACAUAUAGAUCACAUGGGAGCACGCUCCAUUCCAGGCCCCCACUUAAUAUGAUGGAAAGAGACUACAGUAGACCUCCUAGUUAUCGUUCAAGAGCUAGUUCAGCAGGAGUGCUCCGAACCAAUACGGAUACUCUUGAUUCGAGGGUCAAUGAACGUGAGGGAACUAUUAGCCAGAAUGGAACUCCAGCUAGUCCUAGUCACAGCCAGUCACAUAGUCGCAAUCCUUCUUUGAGUCUCAGUUUUUUGUCUCACGAAUCUCUUUUUGUUGACUCUAAUCACUCGCGGCCGACCGAUUCUGCUAAUGCAGCUACUAGUGACAAUACCAAUCCAGUGCACUUUACUAGCCCUAGUGGUGAAAGCCAGAACUCUGUGGUGGCAGGACUCAGUGAUGAAAGCCCUCUAGCAACUCAUGAAAUAACUUCUACGGACAUUGUACCUGUGAACUGGAGGGCAGAGGAUCAGAGUUUGUGGAGUCUACGUAAGAAUCAUGAUAUUAAUGCUGUAACUAUAGUUCAGACUACGGACUCUUCACAAGUGCUGAAUCAAGAUACAGUGGUUGUAUCCAUAUCUGGACAAACAAUGAGGUCUUCUGCGACAACACCUGGAAGUGGUAGUCAGGGAGAGGUACAGAUCCUGGCUCAUGUCUGACACCAAAUUUGUUCCACAUACAUGGUUCAUGUUCCUGUGUUACAAUAUAAUUGCACUAAAAAUACUCAGCUGGGAUUUGUAACAUCAGUGUCUACUCUGUUCAAAAGUGGAACAUCUAAUCACUAGAAAGCUUAUUUCUUCAGAGAAUGCAUUUAAAAAAAAGCCGAAAGGGGCAACUGUAAACAGUACACUGGCAAUAUAUAAAUAUAUAUACAAUAUAUAUUUCAACUUCCCACUGGGAUCUAUGCACUUUUUGUCCAUUAUUUCAUGUAAUAUAUAAGAACUUGUACUUUUGUGAAUCAUCGUGGUUAAAUACUAUAAAAAUGAUGGAUUUAUGAACAAUGAACGAACAAAGGUGCUAGCACUGAUUUACUUUUAUACCAUGUGAAGGUAUGUAAUUUAAACUGUUAUACAGUUAAUAGUAAUGUAUCAUAUAUUCAAUAUUUCAAGCAAAUAUAGACAAGUGCUCAGCCAACAAAAUCUAAAAAUAUAAUUUUAAGCUCAAAGAAAACUUACUUUUAUGAUGACAAUAAUUUACUAGUUUAUUUUCCUGCACAAACUUGUCUAUUCUAUCAAACUGCAUUUAUGCAGUAAACACAAACUUAUAAAUAAAUAUAUAUCUAUAUAUAUAUAUGUACACUUGUAUAUGUAGAAAGUUAAAAGCCAAGCCAAUCAGUUGUUACAUAAGUCUAUUUUGCCAGAGUGGCUGAGUUAUUGUCUGAUGUAUUGGAGCAGGUACUGUGAUGCCAUAUCAUCAUACCAAAUGUAUUUAUUCAUUAUGUCCACAAACUUCUGCAAAUCACGAUCAUGGUAGAAGAAUAGAAUGUACAUCUUUGCAUUAUAUUUCUUGUCUCUUAACUGUAUAGUCUCCGAUUUUUCUUAUGUCGCUCGUACAUCAGAAUGUACAAUAGAAAAUUUUCGAUAUUUAAAGUUAUAGUUUAAUGGAAUGUAUUUUUUACUGUAUCAUACACUGUAGAAUAGUCAAAUACUGUGUGAUGUGAUGUGGCCUAUGUGUUGUAUCACCAUCUGCCAGUCAAGUCAAGAUAAAAUAAAUACCAAAUAAUUUGUUUCUAUUUGUCAAA